AUGACAUCUUCUUCUAGCAACAAUGAACAAAAAACCCAAAGCUCUUCAAACAACAAUGAAGGGAAAAAUGAGAACACAAGUGAAGAGAAUUUACCCAAAAGCUCUUCUAACAACAAUGAAGGGAAAAAUGAGAACACAAGUGAAGAGAAUUUACCCAAAAUCUCUUCUAACAACAAUGAAGUGAAAAAUGAGAACACAAUUGAAGAGAAUUUACCCAAAAUCUCUUCUAACAACAAUGAAGGGAAAAUUGAGAACUCAAUGGAAGAGAAGAAUGCAGAUUCAAGGCUUUUUUCAUGCAGCUUUUGCCACCACAAAUUUUCAACUCAACAAGCGUUAGCAGGACAUCAAAAUGCUCAUCGGGCAGAACGUGCAUUAGAAAAGCAACGGAAAGAAAGGUAUGAUGGUGUAGGUUCUAGCUUAGGGCAUCCAUUUAACCCUAAUUUUAUUUAUCCUACUAGUUUUUUCCCCCCUUGUACCUAUAGGCCACUUGGGGUUCGAAUGGAAGCAUUCAUUCGAAAACCACCUAGUGCUAGCCCUAAUAUUGGUCUUGGUGCUUUGGGUUUGACAGAUAUGUUAAACCCAUCUCUUGUUAGCACAAAAAACAAUAUUGAGGGUUGUAGUAAUGGGGUUGGAGUUCAAGGUAUUGGUGGCGAAACUACUCCAAGGAUUGGAGAUGAUGCUGGUCACAAAUUUGUUGAUUUUCUCAAGGUUGGGGAUUCCUCUAAUGUUGCUUCAACUUCAAAUAUUAUGGACCUUAAUUUGAACUCAAACAAUGAAGAAGAAUCCUCUAAUUCUGAAUCUGAAUCUGAAUCGGAGCUUGAUUUAACACUCAAGCUUUAG